GAAUUUCCAAGUCUGAUAAAAUAAGCACAAGGAAUUGGGAUACAUCCGGUGAAUGCGAGGCGGGAAACUUGAGGAUCCGCGCUCGAUCACCCAGGGAUCGAAGGCUUAGCAGAGACACUGAAAGUAGGUGCGCAACCCCGUGAAAGUAGUGAGCAAGGAACAAAAAUGUGGUUGAGGACAUCCAUCAAACGCCUUCCGCUCCAACCGUUGCUCACAACCAUCACGCCAAUUCGCACUCUCACGUCUCUCUCCACCCACCAAGAGCGAGAACAAGAGCAAGACCCAUACUCGCUAAUGAAAGAAGACCCAAUACAAGUGUGCAGCUCCCUCUGGGUUCGAUCCUUCUCCAAUCAGACCCACGCUCCAUUCUCCAACCUUACUGGCUUCCUCUCCAAAUUUGACCUCUGGGUGUUAGCCUACCAACGAUCAUGCGCCCACUUCACCGGUUCCUUUCCUCCUCGCAACGCCAUCCACUCCCAAGUACUCCGCGACCUCCUCUCCCUCCAAAAUGCCGUCGUUCGGGGCCGCUUCUCUUGGAACCACAAGAUCCAUUCCUACAUUCGCAGCCCCAAUGAAAAGCCCCUCACGGAAUUCACAUCCAAGCGUAAGAUUCAGUCAAUACUCGAGUCUAAUGCGCCUUGUUUCCAAGACCGAGUUGUUCAGGAGGUUCUGUUGUUGAUUUUGGAACCCAUUUUCGAGGCUCGGUUCUCGUCCAAGUCCCAUGCGUUUCGGCCUGGUCGGAAUGCUCACACUGUUAUUCGGACCAUUCGGAGUAAUUUCGCUGGGUACCUAUGGUUCUUGAGAGGGGAUGUAAGCGAGAUUUUUGAGACUGUGGAUACAGAUGUGGUAAUGGGUUAUUUGGAGAAGUAUGUGAAGGAUAAGAAGGUUUUGGGUUUGAUCAAAUUGGCACUUGGAGCACGGGUUAGGAAUCAAGCACAUGGUGGUGAUUGCGAUGUAACGUUUGGGAAGAAGAAGAAGAAGAAAGGGCCUAAGAAGAAAAAAAUUCUCAAUGAGAAUGAGCCGAAACCUGACCCAUUUUGGUUGAGAUCAUUCUUUAGCUUUGCUCCAGAGGAAGCUGCCAAGGUACCUUCUUAUGGUCAUUGUGGAAUUCUUAGUCCUUUGCUUGCCAAUGUGUGCCUUAGUGAAUUGGACUAUAUGAUGGAAGAGAAAAUUAUCAAGUUUUUUAGACCAUCUAAGCUUGAUUCAAUAUGGAGAGAUUCAAUCAAUGAUGGUAGUCAUAACCCUGCUUGGCCUGAGUUUGUGCCAUCCAGUGAUAGGGAGAAGACAAGAAAAAUGGAUUACAUUCGUUAUGGGGGUCAUUUUUUGAUUGGAAUUCGAGGGCCUAGGGAGGAAGCAGUGCAAAUUCGGAAGGAAAUAACUGAAUUUUGUGAGAGCAAAUAUUGGUUGAAGUUGGAUAAUUCCAAGGUGGAGAUAGAACACAUAUCAAGGGGAAUUCUGUUUUUAGACCAUAUAAUUUGCCGCAGGGUGAUACACCCUACACUAAGGUACACAGGGACAGGAGGUAAAAUUGUGAGUGAAAAGGGUGUAGGGACUUUGCUUUCAGUCACGGCUAGCUUGCAACAAUGUAUUCGUCAAUUCAGACGUCUAGGGUUUGUUAAAGGUGAUAGGGAUCCAGAGCCACUACCUUGCACUCCAAUGCUGUAUUCAAGUCAGGCUCAUACCAAUUCACAAAUGAAUAAGUUCCUCGAAACGAUGGCAGAUUGGUACAGAUACGCAGACAACCGAAAGAAAAUUGUUGGAUUUUGUGCUUAUGUGAUCCGCAGCUCUCUGGCUAAAUUAUAUGCUGCAAGGUAUAGACUGAAGUCUCGUGCCAAGGUAUAUAACAUAGCUUCUCGUGAUCUCAGUCGUCCACUAAGAGAGAGUAGUAACAAUUCUGCACCUGAAUAUUCAGAUCUUUUAAGGAUGGGACUUGUAGACGCCAUUGAGGGUGUUCAAUUCUCGCACAUGUCUUCAAUUCCAUCAUGUGAUUAUGCACCAUUCCCAAGGAAUUGGAUCCCAGAUCAUGAGCAGGUGUUGUGUGAGUACAUUAAGCUAGACAACCCAAAGUUCUUCUGUGACUUGCUCAGAUCAAUUAAACAAGAAGGUUUAAGCUUGCCACAAGAUGAGAUAUCUGACAUUGUGUGGGACUAUAAGACUCUGGGAGUUUGGAGCAAACGAUCUGAUGGUGAGAAGGAAUUGAAAAAUGAUAGUGGGAAAGAGAUGAUGACAUUGUAAUUUUAGUUGUGGAAUCAGAGAAUUGAUUUGUCUCUUUUAAAAAGGAACUUCAUCAGAUGGUUUGUCAUGGUAGAGGUCACCUUAAAAUGAUCCUGGGCAAAAUUUUCUCUCUUCAUAACACAAAGGUGCAAUGUACACACCAUUACGUGAAUGGUACUGGAGUUACUUCAUGUGCUCGGAAAUUGGUGCUAUGAGUUUCCUUUCACCUUGAUGCGUCUAGCACUGAGAGGGAAUGUCAGUCAAAUAGCACAAAUAUAACAAUUGUGUUAAGAUUGAUUACUGGCUGGGCAUGAAGGGUAGAAUUUGAGAAAAAAAGAAAAAUGCAUCUGGGAGAGGCUCGAGGUGGCAAUAAUAGGGGUCAUGAUGGGGUAUUAUUUGCUAAAAUUAGUGCAAUGAAGACGGAUGAUGGCAAUACAUUUGGGGGAAGUUAGAGGUGGACAAACAGGGACCAAGAUGAGAAAAUAUUUGCUAAAAUUGUCUGUUCAUGUGCAAUGAAGACCUACAAUUGCAUCUGUAAGGAGUGGCAUUUUUCAAGAUGAAGGCAUUACUAGGACUUGGGUGGAGUUAAUGAAAAAGUCCAUCUUUUAUUAUUUAAAAGAAAUAUGGAUCUGUAUUGAGUGAAAGCUAAAGAGAGUUUUGAAUGGUGAUUAGAUUUCAGAUGUACAUUUACUAACAGCAGUAUUCAAUUUCAACUAAAGCAGUUUAAAAGAUCAACUGUACACUCGAGAAGCUCUUCAUAUAGAACUCUCCAAUACUAGAGCUUCCCUAUUUUAUUACUUAUUUCAGUACUAUCUUCUCGAAGCCUCUUCAUCCAAAUAGGACAGGAGUUUCUUCAAUGACUGAAAGAUUCCAUAGAAUCCAUUAUCAAUGGUAAAAGUUUGUUAAGCUAUUUGAAUUUUGAGGUUCAGUUGUUUGUUGAUUGACAACAGUUCCCAACUUGCUUAAAUCUUAUUUAUCUCAUCUUUGUUAUUC